UAGCGGUAAUUUCCGGUCGAGGGUCCGACUCUAUGCUCUAUCAUGCUGACAAGGUACUCCGUUGUGAACCUGGCUUGGGGGCUCUAAAGCCGAUCAAAGGUGAUGCAUGAUUGUGAAAAUAUGGCCCAGUUAUUAAGAUGUUAUCCUUCAGCUCUGGGUUGCUAUUCAUGGAGACACGGCCGCCACGCAUCCACGCUUGGCCGACUCCACCGUCGAAGAUCAAUCUACAAUCUUUAUUGUUUCAAGCCUCCGCGACCACACGCUUGAAUCAGAAUGUCUCAACUCAAAUUGGUCCAUUACCUCGGUCGUCUCGAAAGCGGCCGAUCCGCACAAAGCUAAUAUACUCAAAGGACGCCACUCGAUGCUCCCUAUACAACAGCAUCGUCUCAUGUGCUGUGAUCCGUCAUAACUUCGUUCGCUAACUUGGAAAAGGGGAAAGGAGAGGAGUACAAAAAAGGGAGAGUAAGUGGGUGAAAAUACACAGGAAAAUAAUCUGGAAACAAA